AUGUCCUUUUCACGCCCCUUGACGACGGUGCUCGCGGCCCUGGCUGGCCUUUCUGCGUGUUUGGUGUCGGGGCAUGCCUCGAUAUGGCAUCCCAGCAUGUACGGCUUCAACGUUACCGACAAGACUUUUCCUUACGACAACCGGCCGGUCAGCCCACUGAUGAAUAUGACCUUUGACCAAUGGUGGUUCCACGGCCACCUCGACUUCCCGCCCAACGACGGUGACGUCUUCGAGCUCCGGGCCGGCCAGCCCGCAACGGCCGAGAUCGCGUGCAACAAGGGCGCGACUACGUUCUUCGCGUCCUCCGAGGGCGGCGACAUCCGUGUCCCCUCUGACCCCAACGCCGUCUGCCCCAACUCCCCGCCCUCCGCAUAUCAUACCCAGGGACUCGAUGACCUUACGGGCUGUGCCCUCGCCAUUGCGUAUAAGAGCGACGCACGUGAUGUCCGGCCGGAGGACUUUACGGUGUUCAGCGUGAACCAGACGUGUGUGUGGACGCGCUUCACGGACUUCCAGGUCCCGGCUCGGAUGCCGGCGUGUCCCGAGGGCGGGUGCACGUGUGCGUUUUUCUGGAUACAUUCGCCCGACAGCGGUGGCGAACAGAACUACAUGAACGGCUUCAAAUGUAACGUGACCAACGCGACCUCCGCCGUCCCGCUCGCAGCCCCGAAAGUCGCGCGCCGCUGCGGGGCGGACUCGGCCCACAACAAGUGGCACGCCGCCCCAGGCAACUGCACCUAUGGCGCCAAGCAGCCGCUGUACUGGUUCCAGGCCGAGCAGAAUAACAUGUUUGAAGACACGUACUCGCCCCCGAUCUACACGGACCUGUAUGCCUUUGCAGAUGGCGCGCAGGACGACAUCUUCGAGGACUCGUAUGUCUUCCUCCCCGACCCAUCCCCGCUCGCGCCGCUGCCGGUCCUCAACGCUACCAUCCCGACACUUGAAUUUACGACGAAACGGGACUUUGCACAGGCGAGAAGAAGACAUGCCGCGCGGCGUCACUGGAUGAGCCGCGUCUCGUACUAA